CCAAUCAGCGCGCGGCUCUCGCGGCAGGUCCGUGCGUCGCGCUCGCGGAGGAUCAGACGCUCCAUAUUUAGCCGAAGCGAGUCUCGCGGAGGCUCUGUCAGAGAAACCCUGCGAGGGAGUCCAGCUCCCAACUUAUCCCGUGUCACCGCCGGCGCAAAACGUCGGGAACACGCGCCGUCGACGAGCCUCGAGCUUCGAGGACGGGAUUCAUGGAGGAUCGGGGACUUUCGCGGAUUUUUCCCCUCACAGAUGGGAACGUAGCUUAGCUGGUUAGCCUGGCCGCUAGCAGUAGCAGGCUAGCUGUGUCGAAGAGCGGAGGCGACAUAAGUUGACUUUUACUCGCCGUAACGUCAUAACACCUCAACAACCCGCCUCGGUCUUUCCAAAGACGCGUUUCUGAAGGCGUCGCCGUCACAGAAACAGCGUUUCGGGACUGUAUUCAGGGGAACUUCUCGUCUUAGCUGGCUGGCUAGCUGGCCGUCACGUCAAUCUGUCAACCGAACCAGAAAUCCAGACCGGAUAGUUCGCGCACGGAGGCACCGAACCUCCCCCUCUGCUCUGAUACACGAGCUUCUGGGACGCUGGAUUAGGAGCCCGUGAACCGGGAGGAGACGCUCGCGUUGGGUUAACGGAACCGCAGAGUUUCUGAAGUUCGUCUACUGCGAGCCGGGGACGGAACCGGACAGAGACCUCAUGAAUGGAAAUCGGAACUACAGGAGCCGUUGGGGCCCAGGCCCUGUUCUCCGUGCCACGGAGGCCCGGCUAUGGCACCGUGGGGAAACCCAUCAAGCUGCUGGCCAACUGCUUCCAGGUGGAGAUCCCCAAGAUGGACGUCUACCUGUAUGAGGUGGACAUCAAGCCUGAGAAGUGUCCACGCCGCGUGAACAGGGAGGUUGUGGACUCCAUGGUGCAGCACUUUAAAGUCACCAUCUUUGGGGAUCGAAGGCCAGUUUAUGAUGGGAAGAAGAGCCUCUACACCGCCAACCCACUGCCUGUGGCGCCUGCGGGGGUGGAUCUGGACGUUACGCUGCCAGGGAAGGGGGGUAAAGACCGACCCUUUAAAGUCAGUAUUAAAUUCGUGUCCCUGGUGAGCUGGCACCUGUUGCACGAGGUACUCACCGGUCGCAGUAUGCCAGAGCCGCUGGAGCUGGACAAGCCAAUCAGCACCAACCCGGUUCACGCUGUGGACGUGGUUCUACGCCAUCUCCCCUCCAUGAAGUACACUCCCGUGGGCCGCUCGUUCUUCUCCGCCCCGGAGGGCUACGACCAUCCUCUGGGUGGAGGAAGAGAGGUCUGGUUCGGCUUCCACCAGUCUGUUCGUCCGGCCAUGUGGAAGAUGAUGCUCAACAUCGACGUGUCAGCCACGGCUUUCUACAAAGCACAGCCAGUUAUUCAGUUCAUGUGUGAGGUACUGGACAUCCACAACAUCGACGAGCAGCCUCGUCCCCUCACCGACUCCCACCGAGUCAAAUUCACCAAAGAAAUCAAAGGUCUGAAGGUGGAGGUGACACACUGCGGAACCAUGCGGAGGAAGUACCGGGUCUGCAAUGUGACCCGCCGCCCCGCCAGCCACCAAACGUUCCCUUUGCAGUUGGAGAACGGCCAAACUGUAGAACGAACAGUAGCUCAGUAUUUCAGAGAGAAGUACAACCUGCAGCUCAAAUACCCCCACCUGCCCUGCCUGCAGGUGGGCCAGGAGCAGAAACACACCUACCUGCCCCUGGAGGUGUGCAAUAUCGUAGCAGGGCAGCGGUGCAUCAAGAAACUGACAGAUAAUCAGACCUCCACCAUGAUCAAAGCCACAGCUCGAUCGGCACCAGACAGACAGGAGGAGAUCAGCAGACUGGUGCGCAGCGCUAACUACGAAGCAGACCCGUUUGUGCAGGAGUUCCAGUUCAAGGUGCGAGACGAGAUGGCCCACGUGACGGGGCGCGUGUUGCCUGCGCCCAUGCUGCAGUACGGGGGCAGGGUGAGCACAGAGCACUUUAUGCAGAUCAACCGUGAGCUGUCGUUACAGAACCGCACUGUAGCCACACCCAGCCAUGGAGUUUGGGACAUGAGAGGGAAACAGUUUCACACCGGCGUGGAGAUCAAGAUGUGGGCCAUCGCCUGCUUCGCCACACAGAGACAGUGCAGAGAAGAGAUCCUCAAGGGUUUCACGGACCAGCUGCGUAAGAUCUCGAAGGACGCUGGGAUGCCGAUCCAGGGUCAGCCGUGUUUCUGUAAGUACGCACAGGGAGCAGACAGCGUGGAGCCCAUGUUCAGACACCUGAAGAACACCUACUCCGGCCUGCAGCUCAUCAUCGUCAUCCUGCCCGGAAAAACACCCGUCUACGCCGAGGUGAAGCGCGUGGGAGACACUCUUCUAGGGAUGGCCACUCAGUGUGUUCAGGUGAAGAACGUGGUGAAGACCUCGCCUCAGACGCUCUCCAACCUCUGCCUCAAAAUCAACGUCAAACUCGGCGGCAUCAACAACAUCCUGGUUCCGCAUCAACGGCCGUCUGUGUUUCAGCAGCCAGUCAUCUUUCUGGGGGCGGAUGUGACGCAUCCACCUGCAGGAGACGGAAAGAAACCCUCCAUUGCAGCGGUGGUGGGCAGUAUGGACGCUCAUCCCAGCAGGUAUUGCGCUACAGUACGAGUACAGCGACCCAGGCAGGAGGUGAUUCAGGACUUGGCCUCUAUGGUGCGAGAGUUACUCAUCCAGUUCUACAAGUCCACUCGCUACAAACCCACCAGAAUCAUCUUCUACAGGGACGGCGUGUCUGAAGGGCAGUUUAGACAGGUUUUGUAUUAUGAGCUGCUGGCCAUCCGAGAGGCCUGUAUCAGUCUGGAGAAGGAGUACCAGCCCGGCAUCACGUACAUAGUGGUGCAGAAACGCCAUCACACGCGCCUCUUUUGUGCCGAUCGCAACGAGAGGGUUGGUCGCAGCGGAAACAUUCCUGCUGGUACGACAGUCGACACGGAUAUCACACACCCCUACGAGUUUGACUUUUACCUCUGCAGUCAUGCUGGAAUACAGGGCACUAGCCGACCCUCUCACUACCACGUCCUUUGGGACGACAACUGCUUCACUGCUGACGAGUUCCAGCUGCUCACUUACCAGUUGUGCCACACGUAUGUGCGCUGUACCCGCUCCGUCUCCAUCCCCGCGCCAGCCUACUACGCCCACCUGGUGGCCUUCCGUGCGAGAUACCACUUGGUGGACAAAGAACACGACAGCGCCGAGGGCAGCCACGUCUCCGGGCAGAGUAACGGCCGGGAUCCCCAGGCGCUGGCCAAAGCCGUGCAGAUUCACCACGACACCCUGAGGACCAUGUACUUUGCCUAAGCCGGCUCACGUCCAUCCCACGUUCGACUAGUCACGCACACAAACCCGACAACCGCACACACACGCCGUCACGCCUCCCAAAAGCCUGUGCGUCCUGUGGGUCGAUCUCCGUGGCGACGGCCCGCCCCGACACUGUGCAGCAGGACGAGGAAGGCCUGCUUUAAUUCCACACGUGGACCUCGGCGCUAUUAUGCAAUAUUAAACCAGCCGACUGAGGCCGUUCUGUCACAUCCCCUCCAAAAACCCAAACCAAAAGGGAAGCCCGUCUGUGUCCCCUCUCCUCUUCCCGUCUGUGCGUGUCACGUUUAAUUACUUCCCCUGCCCGUCACGCCUUGUACCUCAACGUUUUCUAACAGCACUUUUUGGCCCCUCAUCGUCCUUCCCCCCCAAAAAGAGAUUGAAACGUAAGACUGAGUGCGGAAGAAAGGAAGCUUCGGGGAACGCCUGCGGAUAGCAACGUACUUUCCUCCCGUUCUCAAUUAUUUUUGUAGCCAAUGGUGACUUAACUACGUGUUAAAGUGUCAGUCGUGAAGAACCAAUUGUGCGUUAGCGUUUUAAAACAGAAAAACAAGCUUUUAUUGUUAGAGAAGUGCCAUUGCCGAGUGUAAAGCAGAAGGCUGACCGGUCGGUUUUUAUUUUUUGUUUUAAGCAAACGUACGCUCUAGCUUUCAUGUGCUUUCGAAGCCUUUUUCUCGUUUUGAAUUCCCUCCGAUAUUUAUUCGCCUCGAUCGAACGCAGCUCCUCUCCACUCGUCUCGUCCGCUUCCCUCCCGCGCUUUGCCUCGAUUUGAAUCUUUGUCACGUGACUGAUCGCGCGUAGUUUAGUGCAAUAAUCCAUAAAGCGGGAUGAGAAUACCUCCUGUGCAAAGACUGAGGGGGGUGAAAAAAAAAAGGUAUCCGAAAGCGUGCGAUGGGCAUUGCGGUCGUUUUUGUUGUUGUUUUUUGUUUUUGUUUUUUAAGACGGAGGCACUUUUCUAGUUAAUCGCAGCGUCUCCCGACGAUUGAUGGACUGUGGCGUGUUAACAAGUGCCUGCUAGAAACGCGUGAUGUUGGGAGGUACCCCGAACAAGGGCACAGUUGCGACUGCACGGCCUUAAAAAGGAAAAAAAAAAAAAUAUUUCAGCGCCUCGAUUUUUCACUGCCCUGUUUCAGAGGGUUUCGCUGCUGUUGUAUUUGUCCGAGUUUGACCGGCGGGAUCGAGAGGCUGACCGGGCCUUCGAGGAGAAGCUUUGUGCUCGUGCGCUGGAGGGCCGCUAGGGGUCAGCGUAGCGUUUUACUUGAAGGGUGCAGUGAGCGUCGGGUGCCUUACCGUCUCUCCGUGCGCAUGUCCCGCUGUUUAAAGGUGAUAAUCUGCACUAAAUAAUGCGUAAUGCAUGGUGCUAUUAGGUGCGGCCCGUGGCGACCGGCAGAGACUUCAUGCGCGAGAUGGGACACGGGAUGCAUAAACGGUGCUGGUUGCAUGCAUUUCUCUCACUCCGAGGAGAAACCUCUCAUCAGGACAGACAUUCGGUCGUUUUGUAUGCAUGUUUGUCUGUUAGGUUUGCGUUUGAUUUUACUGGGUAGGAAGGUACAGCACUAGAAAGCGGACGAUUUGAACGCGUAACUUUUUUUGGGGGUGGGGUAAAAUAACAAUUUCGGUCCCUUUGAAAUCCAGAAUGCAGUUCACGCUAUCCGGCGAACUCUAAAAUAUAAAUAACCGAGUGAAACGAACGCAGUAGGCUGUCGUGAUGGGUUUCUGUGUGUUUUUUUUGUUGUGUUUUGAAGGUACACCGUGUCUUAUGCCCGUCAAAAGCGGUUUAAGUGAGCAUCGAUACAGCAGCUACUGAAAUUGUGAGCUUUUUGUGUUUUUUUUUUUUUUUUUGUUUUACCUUCCCAAAUGAAACGGCUUAUUGGUGCUUCAGAGCCUUGGAAGUAAGCGUCUGCGUGUGGAUGCCAAACAGCUGUCCGUUUCAGAAGCAAUCUUGAUGAGGUGUCAUGCAAUUUUAUUUCUGUGUAGUUUUAAACUUCAUACAUAUACAUAUACAUACGUAUAUGUAACCCUUGCCUCUUAUUUUGGCAAGAAAUGUCUCUUUAAAGGAAUAGUUUGGUUGUAAAUGAUCAUGCAUUGUCAUUUUUACCCACAGACGUUUCAAACUUGCAUGCUAUUUUUUUUUUUUGCUGCAAAUAAGAUUUCAGUGAGUUUUAAAAACAAUGCGAGUUGUUGGUUUUUUUUUUUUUAUGCAACAAAGUGAACGGAUAUCUGUGGCUAUUAAAGUCAAGUUACGGCUCGUGAUUAAAAAUCGGUCCAUUUUUGUUUCAGCAGCUUUCGGCGAAAACAAAACAAGGGUGUGAAAACCAUUACGCUAUUUUCAUUUGCCGCCCGACGAUUCCUUUAAAGCUCAUCUUUAACUCCGGAGAUCGUAACGAGCUUCUUGUCUUGUACCCGUGGCAGCAGGUGUCGUGGGCUCGUAGCACACUUACCGAGCUCGUCGCCUGACGUGGCUUCCGUUGUUCAGAAAGAGUCGAUGUACUUUCUCCUCUCGUCUCGUCCUUUGUGUUAGAGCUUUCGGGAGGGUCUUCUUUUAGGGUCUAAAACGUAACGCGAGUUCAAAGUUCAUAGAAAGUGCCUUUCCUCAUGAUGGUGCUGAAUAAUCUGAGACUAAAGUGAGAAAUCAAAGAGCAUGUUAGUCUUACUCUUACCUUGAAGAAGGUGUUGCACACACGCAAACACACACACACACACACGUUUUUAUCUCGAUCGGGAUCGCCUCUUUGUAUAUUCAGAUAUUAUAACGACGACGAUAUAUGCCAAGUAUACGAGCAAACGGUUGAGAUGCUGUAUUAGGAGUCCGGACCAAUGCAGCGGAAGCUGUAGGUGAAUGUGCUGUGUUUAGACGGGGCAGAGUGGACGCACUCGUAUGACGCGGCCUGACCCCGGACACGAAAGCCUAGCACAGCACUUUAAAGACUGCCACCCAAACGAGGAACCGAAGCCACCGAGCUUUGCUCUCCUUUUUCCUCCCGCCCCGUAAGCCCCCGUUGUCACGCGCUCCAGCAGAAGACGGUCUCGACAUCUUCGCCCGAGGGAAGGCUAAUGGCGUUCCGAAGGUUUACGCGGAUCGAUCCCUCUCAAUGUGCAAUGGCCCGUAGAAACCCAGACGCGUACAGUACGUGUUUUGUCGCCGGAGGGGGGCGCCCGUUGGUCCGGGAGGAUAUACCUCGACGAGAGAUCUCAAAACACUGCACCUCACUUACCUUGGUAUGCUGCAUAUGUUAUUAGUGAAAGAAACCUCAAGCGGACGGAUCUCAUUGAAGAACGCGUUCGCUUUUCACCAGUUCUAUUCUGCGCGAGGAAAGUCGAGCAGCGUUGUCAAUAGCAGUUGCGUCGCUUUAUGCCCCCGGUCGUUCUGUCGCCGCUGGGAAUUACGAAACGCCUCAAAACCUGGAGGUCGACGUGUUAAAAGAGCAACCAAAAUCAAGCACGCUUCGUUUUUUCUUGCGCAAAAUACAAUCGGUAAUUGUGCCGCACUCCAACGAAGCGACUGAAAUCAUCUAGUAUAUUUUGCACGAAGAACAUAAAGCCUUUUUUGCGACUAUUUUUUGACACGGUCUCCCUCUCAAAGUUUACUCUAAUAUAUCGGCUCACGAUAGUGCUGUAUUUGUGGCGUCGCUUUCGCUUGGCGUUUAUUAGUCGAUAUCAUUCUGGCACCAUUUAGAAUAACAGAAAUGACUAAAUAAAUGCUUAAUUGUCAUGGGAAAAAAAAUGCAAUAAUUGCAUGGGCUUCGUUUCUGUCAUGCAGAAUGUAAUUUCCAGUGAACUACACACCAACAACACGAUCCAAAUGAUGGGAAAUUAUAUUUUGCAUUAAGAAAACGAAGCCUGUUUUCGGACCGCUGCGUCCUUCAGUAUAUUUUUAGGCGCCGCGACUUUAUUUUAACGACAGCUAAACGCAUCCUCCCGCUCUAAAUUCUCGUCGCGACGCCAAAAAAACUAUUUAGGGAAAGCAAUGGUCAUUAAAACGACGUCAAAAAUACUGGUCGUCAAAACAGGCUUCAUUGUCCUCAUGCAAAGUAUUUAUUAGUUUCGGAGGUGGAUGUGUUUUCUUGAGAUUCGCCCAGAUAUUAUUUUGAUUACAGUAUAACGCUUGACUAAUGCCUGACAACAAUAUCCUUAACAAUUUUAGAGUAAGAAGUCUAACUGUAAGAGAGAGAGAAAAAAAAAAAAUUGUUUUUAAAUCAUAACACGUAUCUUUUUCUUCUUUUAUUGAGCCAACUUUUAUUUUGUUGUUCUAUUUAAAUGUUUUGUUUUUUUUUUCUUUUAAUAUAUUGGAAAUAUAUAUGGGAAAUAUUUAACGGUGUAUUUAUUGAGGGAGUGCUUACGCGGCUGGAGUCUCCGCAGAGUCAUGGGGGGCGAGUUUGGGGGUCGGGGGUCAACCCUCGACGUCCACCCACACACACACACACACACACACACACGCAAGCACAAGCACAGAGCGGGCUGAAGUGUCCGAUGACGUCACUUCCUCCUCGACCUUUGACUAGUGGUCCGUCGAGGCGGUCCAGCGAAGAGGCUCGUCUCGUCUCGUCACGGGACGGAGAACCACACUGACUUUGUUAUUCCAAAAAAAAAGAAGAGAGAACAAGCCGAUCGUUUUCAUCCAGAGCUGCUAAACUCUUAGCCAUACACGUUUUUUCCCUGGAAGGAUGUGUCCGGUGCUUUACGAAGCAGAUCAUGGUAUUCGUCCUUCGUCGUUUGCUUGAGUUCAAUUGUCUUCGUGCCAGAGAGGGUCCCAUUCCACUCAGAUAUAAUAUAUAUAUAUAUAAAUAUAUGAGCCUCAGCCUUAACUGUACUCUUGUUUUUCCGAUUCGACUUGAGACGUCCGUCGUGCGUAGAGGAGCGUAUUAACCGAGGCACCUCGGUUCUCUCAUAAACCACUAGCUGUCGCGAGGCGCCGUCCGUCUUUCGAAGCGCUCCCGUCGUCGUUUUCCAGGAGGACAGAGGCAUCGAGCGCCGGGGCGAAGCCGCCGACCGAUUCGAGUCGAUUCCUAAAAAUGUUUACAAAACGGUUUACUGCAACGCAAAAGCUCCAGCAUUCCAAAAACAAAAAAAAAAAACACGGACUGUGAACCCCUCCGAUGCAAGUCUGUCCAUCCUCCGUUUCCGCUCGUCCGCGCUUGAGUUGAGCCGUAGAGACCUCUGUGGCUCUGUCCUCCCAUCUCUCUCUCUCUCCGUGUUCGCAAAGAGUCUCUCUAAUGUACCAAGGGAUGUUUCUUUUCCUUUGAAAUGUCUUUCUUUGUUUAAUAAUACUCUCUUUGUAGAUCAAUGGCCUUUUAGUGUUGCUUUGCUUCAGUUUGGAGUGUAUCUUUCACUAAUACUUGCAAUAAAAAGCUUUGCUUUUGAAACACA